UUAAUAAAAUUGGAUCGUUGGACUGGGUCAACUCUACUUUACCCCCCCUCCUCUCUCUCCUCGUAUCGCCGCCGUGCACCACCGCUUUCUACCAGAACCACUGUAUAACUCCUCCAUUAGCACCUGAGAGAUAUUAGGUUUUCUGAUUGAUCAUGGCGAAGACUUCUACGAAUUUGAAGGUCGUAACUCCACUCCCAUGUCCAAACUGUGCUGGCCCUCUCUCAAAAGAAAUGGAAACUAGCCGUUGGACUGUGCAGCCAUUCAUUAGAGACAGCUUUUCUAUGAUUGGUUCUGCUGUGGGUGGCACAACAAGUGCAUUCUAUGCAUUUAAUUAUGUAAUUCCAACUGUUCGUAAGUGGGUGAUCGGGCCAAUGUGGUUGCAUUUCCUUAUUGGGGCACCGCCAGUGAUCGUUUUCUCGUCCGCUUGUGCUGGAUUGGCAGGUGGUGCAGUGCCAGCCUUGGCUCAGCUUGCAUCUUCGUCAUAUCAUGCUGCAAUGUUAUCUUCAUCACAUUCUUCUCAGAAUGACAACACACACAAAUCUAGGACUUCCACGACUUAAAAAUGUACAGCCGAACGCGGGAGAGCAAACAGGUACUUAUAAAGACGCUCAACUGAGGAUGAAAUUUACAGUUUUAUAAAUCAUUUUCCUUUUACUUCAUUACUGUCAAAUGCAAACAAUACUAAAAGCCCAAUUCACAACUUUAAUACAAUUGAAAUUUGACAAAAUAGGCAGUCGAUAUACCGAAUACUCUAUAUUGAACCAUGAAUUCCAUAAUCAGCUCAUUAGUUUAUAUAAUGGUUAAUGUUUCAAUUCUUCAUUGCACGGAGCAACACUAAAUUUCGCAAUUGAGGAUCACAGUUUUUGGACAUUAACAGUAACACUACAACUCUACACGAGACAAAAAAAACAGGACUAUGCUUGUUUUUUUUUUUUGGUUCUACUACGAGGAGUUCCCACCGCCUUCGGCGAGGUAAUCUCCCGUGGGAGUUUGCAUGGGUACCUCGAUGGGCAGCAUCCCUCCCAGUUGAGAUUUUUUCCAUUCCCAAGGCUCGAACCCGAGACCUUGGUUAAGGAGCAAGAGGCCCUUAACCACUCAUGCCAACCUCAAUUGGUAACAGGACUAUGCUUGUGCACAAAGGGGAACAGUGAUAAAUAAGCAUAACAUUAUCGCUGCACGUCCGCACCCUGACCCUAAGAACAUAAAUGCUUGUGAAAAAAAAAAAAACAUAACAUCAUGUAAAAAAAAGCAUUAAUAAAAAAAAAUUACAUUAUCUCAAUGUUCUUUUAUUACAAUAACAUGUUCUUUUACCUGUGAGUUUAUGUAUUUUGGUGUAUACUGAAUACUAUUGUGCACCCUUGUUUAUAGCUAGUCUACGAUUUAAAACAUUACAACAAGUACAAGUCAUGUGUUACUAUUAAAAUAUGAUUAUAUAUGAAACUCAAGUAUUUCCCACUUUCCUAAAUUUUCUUCACACGUUGGCAGCAAGCCAGCAAGUUAAAACUUUAGGGUCAAAGUGAUUUUGACUAUAUUUUGGUGAUUAAUUCACAAUCUUUCCAGCAAUGACCCUUAAAUAGUUGCUUGCUUAAUUAUCCAAAAAAAAUACAGGUGAUUUUCAAGCCUAACAUUAUGUAUUAACUUCUGCGUAUAGUAUGGGGUACAUCUUACGUAAACAUCUUUAUAACUAGUUCAUCAAGAAGAUGUAACAGUUGGAGGAAAAAGGGUUACUUGCUUACUUCUUUUAGUACACUGGACAACUACCAACUAGUUUCUCAUAUGGUCAUAAACUCAGCAUACAUCCAACCUGUACCCAGAAAAUCAUAUGUCCCACCAAAAGAGGAAAACCCUUUUCCCGUAAAAGGGUUUGGUACGGAGUACACAAGACAUAAAACCCUAAAUAUCGAGAUUAAUGAAAUCUCGAGUAUUGAAGUCGGUUUAGGGUCAUUUUCCUUACCUUAAACAAUAGUGAGCUUGGCGGGCGCAAACUCUAACAAGGUACAACCAAACUGACUAAAGAAAAAAGGAGAGAGAGAGAGAGAAUCGAUAAGAUGAAUUCUAAAUUCCAGGAUUUCAUACAAAAUAAUCCUCAGAUUAUUUUAGGAGGACGUCUCACCAAAAUCUCACCUAUAAAGUAUGAGUGUUGUUGAAAUGGAUUGUGGAAGUGUAAUAGUAUAAGGUUGUGUCACUAGGUGUAACGAGUUGUUUCUGGUGCAACUGUUGUACGGAAUAUAAUAAAUCCGCUGAAGGUCAAAGUGCACGAAAACGUAUUAACAAGAUGACAUGCUUGUGUGCCGAAGAUAUAAAGAGAAAAAUAUGAGAAGGUCCAUUGAUUAAUAGGUGCAUCCGGGUACGGGGUACAUAAUAAUAUUCGUAUGAUAUGCGAUUCCAAUAUAAGUCUAGUGUGGAUUCAAUAACGUUAAAAGGUGAAGACAAGAGUAUACAAAUUGGUUCACAAAGACGUGUUCUGUGACUUCACCAGUCAAGAAAUUGGGCUCAUAAAUUCUGCAAAAUUGGAUAAAAAUAUUAAUUGCAUCAAACCUGCCAUUUCCCUGCUGAAUGCCAACCCAUUUAAUUAAA